AUGUCGACUACUCCACCGGAAUCUGAGAUCGACCAGGGUUAUGAGGUGGUUCAGGAGACUGAAUCGGUCCAACUUGAGGUCACCACCGGCCAUAUAGAGGCAAACCGAGUUAUUCGUGUCGCUUUUAACCAACUGCGAAUGGCUCUGCCGUGGAAGAACAGUGAUGGAGCCCCGACAAGACGAAAGAUUCUUUGGAGAGCAAUUGAGUUCAUCAUUAAGCUCUACAAAUUGUUCUUCAUCAGCAGGGUUCCAAACGACGAGAGCAAAAGAUGUUUCAGAAAUGGAUACAUAUGCGACUUGGCCAUUUUGCUCCCUUUGGAUAUAAUCCCUAGUCCGAAUGAAUUGUGUCUCAUAUUCAACAGGGUGGAUGUUGAGUCUGAAAUUUAG